GAUUGUCUGAUUGUCACAUGACACACUCUGACUUAUACACUUCAAUAUUCAAAACUAUCACGGAUACUGGUCAAAGUCAAGUUAAAAAACUUAUCCUUAAACAGUAUUUAAACAGAAAUGUACAAAGCAUAAGAGAGAUGCAGGGAAUUUUUAACAUGAUUGCGCAAAUGCCCCGUCUUGUUCAUAUAGAAAUAGGAUAUGCCGCCAACGACGCCAUCUUGUGGCAGAUUGCUAGAAACUGCAAUUUUCUCAGAGUAUUAAUGAUUUCUGGAAAUGAUGUGACAGAUAAGGGGUUGUUCUGGUUGUGUGGACUUAACUGGGAGCUCAGAGAAGACGACAUUUAUCUGAACCCAGAUAAUGCCGAAACAUUUCUCUACCAAGAGUCAGAACAAACUAAAAGUUGCGAAGAUUUAUCUGCAGAAGAUAAUCCUGAUGGACAAGAAAAUUAUUUGCAUUUUAAAAACAGAAUUGAAUACAGAAUACCUGAAUAUCUUAUCCAUUUGAAUAUUUCCGGGUCGCUUCAUGUUACUGAGCUGGGGGUCAAACAAUGCUGGUCAACCUUCAGGAAUCUCCGUCAGCUGAAUAUCCAGGAGUCUCAUCUUUGGUCUAUUCUUGCUGACGUUCAGAUCUCCGAGCUGUAUACUGAGUUUAUUCUUCCAAUCAGAUCUAUUGAGUUAACUACUAGUUCCAGACACAACUAUCUGAGUGGGGCGGCUAAACUGUUCCCUGCCUUGGAGGAUUUAACAAUCUGGAACUUUGAUUCAGAAUACUCAUCCCCCCUGCAGGAAUUUACAGAGUGGGAAUCCUUUGCUAAAUUAGAAACUUUGAAACUAAAUAAUCUUGGUUUCAAAUACCUAAAAACUAUUCUCAGAGGGAUUGGAACACAGCUUAAGUAUAUAGAUAUUGACAACUUUUCAAUAGAAGAAUCUCCCAAUACAACAGUCAGGUUAGAACAUAUCUCGUUUAUUAUUUAAUCAUAAUUAAAGGGAGUGUCUGGCUAAACAUUGUAGAUAAGCUGAGAGUGCAGUAUUGUAGAGAAUUUUUGUCGGGGGGCAAGAUUUUAAAGUUAUAUUUUGCGCUCUUAUUUUGCAAUAAUACACCGUACAAACGUCUAAUAGGUCUCAAAUAAUUUCUAAAAAAAGUCUCUACAAUACUGCACUCUCAUACUACAAUACUACAAUACUGCACUCUCAGCUCAAACACUAAUUUAAAUUGUUUUAAUAAAUGCAUUAAGAGGUUGAAACUUGUAACAAUUAAAUCUAUGAUGACAAUACGUAGCCGACUAACAUCAGUAUUGACGGCUACACCGUUCAAAUCACAGAAUACCGAAAUAAUUUAUUUCACCACUGGGCUGCCCGCAAUUAAUAAUCACCUAAAAUUCUUAUGUACAGGGUUAUACACAAAGGAUGAAACUUCAAAGACGACUUUACAGAAUUAACACUGUCUGUUACAUCAUAUUCAUAAUUCCCUGAAAACUGUAAAUUUGCCUCUUUAUUUUCAAGAUAAUUAAAUAAGCCAAAUUGAAAGACUAAAUUCAAGGAAUUUAAUUUAGUCUUGGGAUUGUCACAACGUUUCCAGUCGUCUUUACAGUCUCACCCUUUUUUGGGGGACCCUGUAUUAAAGAUUGAAUUUUGUCUUCUGUCUUGAAUAAAGAGCAUAAUUAUUUUUCUGGAAACUCAUGUGUAUGAAAAAAACACUGAUUAAGUACAACGGUCUCUAGUGUCUUAUCCUGUGUGAUAACACUGUAUAAGACCUUCUUCAACGAUGAUUUAUUGAUUUUUU